AUGGGCCGGAAAAAGCGAACCUCCGCACCAAACCCUACUCCGCCACCACCGGACGCCGCCCGCCGGCCGGCGGCCGCUUCGGCGAAGGCGGCCGGUAUCGGCGGGGAAGAUGCCGCUGUGCGCGCCGAGGUUCAGUCCGAGCUCCGCAACCUGAUCCAGAAGGCUAACCUUGCCUCCAUCUCCACCUGGGUCAAAACCCUGGGCGGCGCGGGGGACGAUAAGCUUCGCCUCAUCCCUGUGCGCCGUCUUGCCGACGAACCGAUGGAGGGCCGGCUUGUCCCCACGGCGCCCUCCCCGCGCCGCCCAAACGAGAUCAAGAAGGCGACCAAGACCCCCGAGGAGCGCCGCCAGGAGAUCGAGGUACGCCUGGCUGCCAUGAGGCUGCUGCAGCAGCAGAAGGAGCAGAGCAAUGGUGUUGUGUCUGCCACCCCCGCUUCUUCCCAGUCACAGGGAGAUGAGGCCCCCUCAUCGUCUCAGUCAUCGGUGGGUGGACAUAGAGCUGACCGGAGAAAAGGCGGGUCUAGGAAAGCAACAGGCUCAUCUGCGUCUGAGCGCACUGAUCAGGUGCGUGCCUACUGGGGCUCGAUACCAGUGGAGCAAAGGCUUGCAUUCUUAAACACUAGCAUUUCCGAGCUCAAGUCACACUAUGUUUCUGCAAUACAUAAGGAGAAAGAUGCUGCCAGUGCAGCAUCUGAUGUGCUCAAUGAGGUGAUACGAUUUGCCAACAAGCAUGGCAAGUGGGAUUUCAUGGUAUGUGGUAGGUGUCGUGAGCAGUUUGCAGAUGUGGAGGCACUCCGGUGUCAUGUCAUGGGGGAGCAUGUUGGGCUACUCUCAUCUGAGCUGCAGGAAAUGGUGCCACAGGAGAUUGAUGCUGACUGGGCAGAAAUGCUCAUUGGUUGGAACUCGAGGCCAUUGGAUGCUACUGCCGCACUGAAAUUGUAUGAGGAAGAUCAAAACGACAACCUUGGAACAGAUAGGGACAAGGAAUCGAAUUUGUUGGAUAAUUGGAGUAACAAAGACAAGUCGGACAUGUCAGAAUCCUCAGCCUCGCCACACAACGAGGUGUGUAAUGGUUUUGGAGUGGUGGUGAGGGAAGGUGAUGACAAGUGGCCACUCUCAGAUGAUGGCGAAAGGGCAAACAUUUUAGAAAGAAUCCAUUCAUCGUUCAAAAUCCUUGUGAAGAACCAUAAUCUUUCAGUGGGUAAUCUAAACAGGGUGAUUCGAUUUGCUGUAGAGGAACUCAGGGGGUUGCCAUCUGGGUCACUACUGCUUAAUCACUCUUUGGACGAGUCGCCACUUUGCAUUCGCUUCUUGGAGGCAUCAUCACUGCGGAAAGUAGCUAAAUUCUUGCAGGACUUAAUGCAGGCCUCUGGACUUAAUAGGAACUUAGAGAAGGCUGAAGGGCUAGGUGACGAGGAUAGUUUCCCAAAAAACCACAAUGUACUGGAGAAGGUUACCCUUAAUUCUGAUUCAUCAGAACUGAUCAUUGAUGGGCAGACUUUUGGUGGAAAGUUUGACUCCGAGAGUGUUGAUACUGAUGCAUUACUUUCAUGGUUGUACGCUGGAUCUUCAAUUGGUGAGCAGCUAUUGGCUUGGAAUCGUAUGAUUGACGAAAGGUCAAAUCAGUGCGUCGACCUUAUUCGGGCACUUGGGAGGGAGUUCAACAGCUUGCAAAACUCAUGUGAACGGAAGCUUGAACAGCUGAGAAAUGAGGAGGCCUUUAUUUCUGUAGAGGGCCUCUUUUGUGAAGAGCAAACACGAAGGGAGCAGGUGGGGCGGUAUGGAUUCCAAACUUUCGAGGAGCUCCUCAGGAAGCGGCAGGAGGAGUUAUUGGAAUGCAAUACUGAGGAGCAGUCUGACAGUAACAGAUCUGAGAUAGAUGCAAUCUCAGCUAUUUUGAAGGAACUUCACACAUCACACUUUGGUUAUGAUGAAGCCCUUUCUGGCAUGGCUCCACGCCUUUAUGACUUUGAUGGGGCCGAAGAAGAUGAAUGGAGGCUGCAUGAUUUUAUACAUCCAAAUGAUUCAAUGGUACACAUCGUUGUAUCAAAGAUGAAGGAACAAGUUUCUAUGGAGAUUAGCAAGGUAGAUGCUAAGAUUAUGCGAAAUUUCUCUGUGAUCCGGCAACUAGAGCACAAGCUUGGACCUGUUUCUGCUCUUGAUUAUCGAAUGAUUCUUUUGCCCCUUAUGAGAUCGUUCUUGCAAAGCCAUUUGGAAGAGCUGGUGGAUAAGGAUGCGAGAGAGAGAUCUGAUGCUGCAAGGGAAGCCUUCCUGGCCGAACUUGCCUUGGAUGCUAAGAAGAAUGCAAACAAAGGGGGUGAUACGAAACAAUCCCAUGAAAAAUCAAAGGAUAAGAAGAAGUUUAAGGAUUUUCGAAGAUCAAAGGAGCUCAAGGAUUCAAGCUGGAGUGACCAGUCUCUCAGUCGCCAAGACAGUGCUGACGAGGACACAGCAGAGACAUUUCAAAUGCUUGCUGAUUGUGAUGAUUUGGAUUGCAAACUCUUGACAAGUGAUGAUUACUUGAAUGAACAAGAGGAAGAACUUAGGCAUAGGGUACAACUCGAAGCAGAGGAAAGAAAGCUGGAAGAGACUCUGGAAUAUCAACGGCGGAUAGAGGAGGAAGCAAAGCAGAAACAUCUUGCAGAACAAUGUAGAAGUACAUAUGCAUCUUCUGUAAUUGGUACAGCUUGUCUUUCAAGCACUGGGAAUCAGGAUAACCAUGAAAGUGCACUCAAUAACUCUUCGCGUACUUAUCUCGAAGGCAUAAAGUUUGGUGACUUUCACUACACCGAGAACAAUUUCAGUCAGAAACUUAACGGAUUGGAUUCAUCUGAUGCACAGGCAUUAACCAGCAGUGAUAUGAGUGUUUCUAAGUUGACAUUGAAAAUGAACGGGGUUUGGAAAAAUGCACAACCUAUAAAGCCUCUCAGUAAUCAUGGCACCCAAAAUUCUAAGAGAAGCUCUAGCGAACCACAAAAGAAGUACUUCCAAGGUGUGCCAGGUGCUAUUUAUGAUGACGACGACAAUGAUAGGGCAUCUGGGCCACAAUUUGGUUCGAAAGCUCCUAGAUGGAGCAGCUCUUGUAAAAUAGCUCCCUAUGCAAACCACAGCUAUCAAGCUGGAAAACAGAAUCACUCUGCAGGAACAGAGAAGCCAAAUUUUGAGAAAGUUGACAGUGGUGCAAUACCAUCAGCGGAUGUGUGCAUCGAGGAUGAUUUUGAUAAAAGGUUUCAAGAAGAUCUUGAUGAAGCAAUGCGCCAAAGCCUUGGAUACAAUGCUUAUCCUGCUGGUACAAUAAGCACUUCAAAUGGGACAGAAGUGUAUGGGACUGGCCUUAAAAAUGCUGCUGGUGAAUACAAUUGUUUCUUGAAUGUGAUUAUUCAGUCAUUAUGGCAUAUAAGGCGGUUUCGAGACGAGUUCCUUAAAACAUCAUCACUGCACAAGCAUAUUGAAGAUCCUUGUGCUGUCUGCGCUUUAUAUGGUAUCUUCAUUGACCUGAGCAAAGCAGCCAAGGGACAAGGAGAAUCUGUUGCGCCUACUUCAUUGAGGAUUGCUUUGAGCAAAUCCUACCCGAACAGCAAAUUCUUUCAGGAGGGACAGAUGAAUGAUGCAUCUGAGGUACUGGGUGUAAUCUUUGAGUGUUUGCAUAAGUCGUACACUUCUCGUACUGUCUACCAUGGUAAAUCUCACGAGAAGAAUUCUAUUGGAUCAUGGGAUUGUGCAAAUAUUUCUUGCAUAGCACAUAGUCUUUUUGGGAUGGACGUAUAUGAACGGAUGAACUGUCACAAUUGUAAGAUGGAGUCUAGGCGGCUCAAGUAUACUUCAUUUUUCCACAAUAUCAAUGCUAGUUCACUCCGAACUGCUAAGAUGAUGUGUCCAGAUUCUUCAUUUGAUGAACUUUUGAAGGUUGUCAUAAUGAAUGAUCAACUACCUUGUGAUCAAGACGUUGACGGCUGUGGAAAACCAAAUCAUAUACACCACAUCCUUUCUACAUUCCCACAUGUCUUUACAGUCGUUUUGGGAUGGCAGAACAACAAAGAGAGUGUGGAUGACAUAUCUGCAACUUUGGCUGGUAUUUCAACUGAGAUAGACAUUAGCAUAUUCUACCGUGGUCUAGAUCAAGGAAGCAAACACACCCUGGUGUCAGUGGUUUGUUACUAUGGCCAGCAUUAUCAUUGUUUUGCCUUCAAGGAUGGACGUUGGGUCAUGUAUGAUGACCAGACAGUCAAGGUUAUAGGUAGUUGGGGUGAUGUGCUCGUGAUGUGUGAAAAGGGCCAUUUGCAACCCCAAGUGCUUUUCUUUGAGGCUGCAAAUUAA